AGAUCCUGAAGGGAGGAGUACGCAUUGAGAGGAAUCUCCAGCUGUGUUUCCAGGAGACAAUCCUCUGGAGUGACAUCUUCCACCGGCACAAUGAGUUCCGUGGCGAGAUCCAGGUGGACAGCACCCGCAACCGCAGCUGUCCCAACUGCCAGGCGCUGUGUGCCAACGGGCACUGCUGGGGUGAGGGGCCACAGGACUGCCAGACGUUGACCAACAGCAUCUGCCACGGCUGCCCACCCUGCAAAGGCACGAAGCCCACAGAUUGCUGCCAUGAGCAGUGUGCCGCCGGCUGCACCGGCCCCAAGCACUCUGACUGCCUGGCAUGCCUGAACGUCAACCGCAGUGGGAUCUGUGAGCUGCACUGUCCUCCCCUCAUCAUCUACAACUCGGAUGCCUUCGAGUCGAUGCCCAACCCCGAAGGGCGCUACAGCUUCGGUGCCAGCUGUGUCAGCCAGUGUCCCUACAACUACCUUGCCACGGAGGUGGGAUCCUGCACCCUCCUGUGCCCCCAGAACAGCCAGGAGGUCACGGUCAAUAAUGUCCAGAAGUGUGAGAAGUGCAGUAAGCCCUGCCCAGAGGGUGAGCAGCACAUCCUGGGGUCUGGGGGAGUCUGGAGCUCCAACAUCCAACACUUCUCUGGGUGCACCAAGAUCUUUGGCAGCUUGGCCUUCCUGCCCGAGACCUUCGCUGGAGACCCCAGCACCAAUACUCCAGCCCUGGACCCCAACCUGCUGCGGAUCUUCGAGAGCCUGGAGGAGCUGACGG